CUGAAAACAAUGUCUGGAUUUCUGGAAGACCUGAGAUGCUCAGAAUGCAUUGAUUGGGGGGAAAAGCGCAAUACGAUUGCUUCCAUUGCUGCUGGUGUUCUAUUUUUUACAGGCUGGUGGAUUAUCAUCGAUGCAGCUGUUAUUUAUCCCACAAUGAAGGAGUUCAACCACUCAUACCAUGCCUGUGGUGUUAUUGCCACCAUCGCCUUCCUAAUGAUCAAUGCAGUAUCCAAUGGACAAGUCCGAGGUGAUAGUUACAGUGAAGGUUGUCUGGGUCAAACAGGGGCUCGCAUUUGGCUGUUUAUUGGUUUCAUGUUGGCCUUUGGAUCGCUGAUUGCAUCUAUGUGGAUUCUUUUUGGAGGUUAUGUUGUUAAAGAGAAACCCGUAGUAUACCCUGGAAUUGCUGUGUUUUUCCAGAAUGCCUUCAUCUUUUUUGGAGGCCUGGUGUUUAAGUUUGGCCGCACUGAAGACCUAUGGCAGUGAGAACAUUUACAUUUCCUACAACACAGCAAACCUUGCAUGGGUUUUUCUACAGCUCACUCGUAAUGUUUUGUAAUGCCAUUUUCUAAACUUAUUUCUGAAUGUAAUCUGGCCUUACAGUUGUGUAGUACUAAAAUCAUGAGCACUUCCAGUGUAAACAAAGUAACCUAUUGUGGUGUGCACUUGAUUAAUUUAUAACAUGUUA